CUCAACAAUGGCAAUAGCACGCGUUGCUACCGAAUAUGUGUUUUCUGAUUUUUUAUUGAAAGAUCAGAGUGACUCUAAGUAUAAAGGCGUGCGCCUGGAACUGGCAACAGACAAACUGGUCACUUUUAUCGCGGUUGGGCUUCCUUUGUUACUCAUCUCACUCGCCUUUGCACAAGAAGUCUCUGUGGGCACUCAGAUCACAUGUUUUCCACCCACUAACUUCACAUUGAGACAGGCUGCAUAUGUGGACUCCUUCUGCUGGGCUGCAUUAGAGCAUCACCCUACAGAACAUGGGCUUGAUAGCGCCCCCCUUCAUCUACACAAGUUCUUUCCUUAUAUCCUUCUGCUGGUUGCCACCCUCAUGUAUAUUCCUGCUCUCUUCUGGCGCUUCACGGCUGCCCCUUCCCUAUCCUCUGACCUCAGUUUUAUCAUGGAGGAACUUGACCGUUGCUACAACCGUGCCAUCCGCCUCGCCAAAAGCCUCACAACCAAACAAGACAAAGACAUUGCAGAAGACCCACACAGUGGUCUUGAAAUGACUGAAGCUUGUUUUAAGUACCCUCUUGUAGAGCAGUACUUAAAGACAAAGCGUUCAUCUUGGGCUUUGGCUGCAAAAUAUCUGCUUUGUCGGGUUUUAACAUUCCUCACUUUACUGCUGGCCUGCUUUUAUCUGACCUACUACAUCUUUUGGGUGUCACCCAGUGAUCAGUUCUCCUGUAACCUGCGCAGAGGUAUAUUAGUAAAUGAGAGUGUGGUGCCAGAUGCAGUUCAGUGUAAGCUGGUGGCGGUGGGUGUUUUCCGCCUGCUAAGUUCCAUGAAUCUGGUGGUGUAUUUACUGGUAGUACCGGCUGUGGUUUACACUGCCUUCCAACCUGCUCGUCAGCACCAGCGCGCUCAGUUCCUCCGUCCAUACCACCUACUGCCUGCUUUCGGUCACGUGCUGGAUUUGCAGCCUACCACUCGCCAUUAUGAUGACCUCAGCAUCUACCUGCUGUUCUUGGAGGAAAACCUGAGUGAGCUUAAGAGCUACAAAUGUUUGCAGGUGUUGGAGCUGCUGUCAGAGGGAGGGGAAGCAGCAUUUGACACCAUGUGUCUCCUCAGGACUCUAGGACAAGUGAGGACUGACAUGGUGGACAGAAAACAAGCCCAAACUGUAAAUGGAAAUGCAGAGAAAGAAAUCUCUGAAAUGAAGGAUGCCUCUUCUGUUCUGCUGGAUGAUGGAGUACAGACAGAAAAAAGCUGCGGCUGUGUGAAAGAUGUAAGACACAGGGUGGUGUAACAUAUAACAAAGUCAAAUCAAAUGACAAACAAUGAGUUUACAUGUAUUUUAAAUAUGAAGGAAAUGUACGAUUAUAUAAUGCUUGAAUAUAACUGAUUAUUUACUAAUUUACUAACUGCAGAACUGAGCUGCAUGAGCUUUUAAUGCCUUAUAUUAAUAGAAAUGGGAUGAAUGUUUUUUAUAACUUGAUAAAGUUAUUAUUUGUGAGGUUGAUGAAUGUUAAGACCCUAUUGUAUGCAUUAUGAAAACAAUGUUACAACAUAUAUUCUGGGGUGUCCUUUGUAGGUACAGUAUUGAUGCAACAAUGAGAGAGAGAAAGAAACUAAAUGAAUAAUUAAGAUGCUAAUGUUCUUAGCAUGUUAUGCUAAUGUAACUUCUGCCAAUGUUGCUUCUUGGUAACAAACCAUUUAAAUAAUUCCUCCUAACAUACAAAUAAAUUUUAAAAUGGCUGCAAGAGUAUAAUGUGACCAAGAAAUCAUCAAAGUCUUCUCUUCAUUAUAAACCAUCCAAUGCUAAUUUUAUAUGCAUCAUGUACUUGCAAAAUUGUGGCGCAGAAAAUAGGGUUGUUUCCCUGAGGCAACAUCAUAAAACAUAGUUCAGAUUGAAAGGAUGUAUUCAUGUAAUAUCUAAAUGAUUGGAAAUAAUUUUAUGAUGCAUGCCAACCCACGAUUUGGCUGGGUAAGACUUAACCAUUUCUAGAGGUACUAAUGCACUGCCUAUGAAAAAAGCAGUAAUCAAACAUACAAAAUAUAAUGUAUGAUA